AAUACAUUGAUCUCAGUCAUAACCAUUUCCAAGGUUUGUUAUCCUUUAGUUCAAUUGCAAGUCACUCCAGGCUUGAGGUAUUCAUGCUCACAGGCUAUAACAACAGCCUGAAUAUUGCUAUGCAAACUACUGGCGAGAUCAAUCCAUUGUUUCAACUCAAGGUGUUGGUACUUUCUGAUUUGGGUCUAAACAGUAUUCCCAAGUUUCUCUUUUACCAGCAACAAUUGAGAGCAAUUGAUCUCUCUCACAACAAGUUGAAAGGAAAGCUCCCUGUUUGGUUGCUGGCGAACAAUUCCCAGCUAAGAUUUCUAAAUCUCAGGAAUAACUCUUUUACUGGCCAAUUCCUUUCCCCUUCAUAUACAAUGAGAAACAUUGUUUGGCUGGAUCUCUCAAUCAAUCAACUUCAUGGGAAGCUACCAGAUGAUUUUGGGGACAAACUUCUCAGCUUAGAGUAUCUUAAUUUAUCUGGGAACUCUUUCAAAAAGGACCUUCCGUCUUCGCUUGGUAAGUUGAGAAAUUUGGUUAAGUUGGAUUUGGCCUUCAAUCGUUUCUCAGGUGAAGUGCCGAAGGAAUUACUUGUGGGGUGCACCAUGUUGGAACUUUUGAGGUUAUCUUACAACAGAUUUAGUGGCCAAAUAUUUACAUCUGAAUUCAACUUAAGUUAUUUGAGUCGGCUGGAGUUGAACAACAAUAGAUUCGUGGGAAGGCUAUCCAAUGUGAAGCUUGAGAUAGUAAGCAUAUUAGAUGUUAGCAACAACGACUUGUCAGGUCCAAUUCCCAGUUGGAUAAGUAACGUGAGUUGGAUUCUUGCCAUGGGCAACAACUAUUUCAAUGGCCAAAUCCCCUGUGAAGAGCUUUUGUCUCUAUAUUUUGUUGACCUUUCUCAGAAUCUCCUUUCUGGUCCUCUACCUUCUUGCUUUGAUUUCUCCAAAAUUACUCAGAUUCAUUUAGAAGGGAACAACUUUAGUGGUUUGUUACAAAAUUUUCUUCCCAAUUCGUCAAGUACUCUUUCUGUGUUGAAUCUGAGAGAUAAUAGCUUGUCCGGUGGCAUUCCUCUGCAGAUUAGUACAGUUGUGAACCUAAGGCAACUUUUGUUAGGAAAGAAUCAGUUGAGUGGUUUAAUUCCAAAAACAUUGUGUCUACUGAAAAAAAUAAACAUAAUGGAUCUUUCUAGCAACUCUUUCUCUGGUACUGUACCUUCUUGUUUCCAUAAUUUAACCUUUGGGGAGGUGGUUCAGAAUUAUGGUGAAGCUGUUACACAAGACGGAUUUUUUAUGACAAACGAGUUUACUGAUCGAGGUUAUCUCUAUGGAGUUCUACUGAAGAAGAAUCUGAAUCUCCACAUAGAUACGGAGGUUUCUGGACAGGCUAUGAUUAAUAUUGUUACAAAAAACAGGGCAGGCUCUUACGAGGGUAAAAGUAUAAAUCUUAUGUCUGCUCUUGACUUGUCUUGUCCUAUUCCGGUCACUUUCUCGAAGUUAGGCCAGAUUGAAAGCAUGGACCUUAGCUACAACAAUCUGAGUGGAGAAAUUCCUCCAGAACUGGCCAACCUGAACUUCUUAGAGGUCUUCAAUGUUUCAUACAACAACUUAUCUGGGGAAAUACCAACAACCAAAGCACAGUUUCUAACAUUUGACAAUAGUAGCUAUGAAGGAAAUCCAUUUCUUUGUGGACUACCGAUAUACCUAAAGAUGACAACUCCAGAAAAUGGAAUCCCUCUUGCAACCUUAACAAUCUCCUUUCACAAAACAGACUCCUUCAACCAGAAAAAUCCCUCCUUUACUCCGUCGUCAACACCACACUCAAAACCAAAAGAACCCCCUCUUUUACUCUACCGUCAACACCAGACUUGAUAGAAUAUAUUUAUGCAUUGGGGUCAUUAUGUCAUUUAGCCUUGUAUUCUCUAUAUAUAUACAAUUUUCUAAUGAGAAGAAACUACGGUAUUUUACUCUGUUUCAUGGUAUCAAAGCUAGGGAAUUAGGGCACCAAAAUUGUUAAGGUUUAUCUAGCCGUCAAGGGUCGUCUUUUUCAAUUCCUUCUUUUCUUUUGUCUCGUUUCACAAUCAAUGGAGUCUCCAUCU